AUGGCGAUUACAUCAGACGUCAGAGUAGAGUUCCUGGAGGGAGUGGCUUCUGUCAUCCUCAAGUUCAAGCCAGACAGGUGGGGCAAAAUGAUGGCGGUGGAAGAGAACAUGGCCCUAUUCACCGAAUUCUUCGAGAAGCCCGACGUCCUGGUUCUGGUGAUGACGCUCAGUCCUGCUGGAGGGAUCACACCCUGCCUGGGCUUCCCGGCGUCCCUCAAGUCCAAAGGGGUUUACUUCAUCAAGAAGAGACCUGAGAACAUAAGCAGGGACAACUACAGGGACGGUCUCGUCUACGGGGACAUAAGCCCCACGCCUGUGGACCAGCUGAUCACCAUCGUGGAGGAGGUCCUCUACUCUCUGUUAACCCAAAGCGAGGACAUGAGCGGAUGGCCCCAGGUGGUGUCGGAAGACAUUGUGAAGCAAGUCCACAAGCUGAAGAACGAAAUGCUUGUGAUGGGGGGCAAGAUCAAGGGGAAGACGCUGCUGCCCAUCCCAGAGCACCUGCAGAGUCCGGAUGGCACGCCGGAGUCCGUGGAGAGGAUCCCCCCCUCCCUGGACAUCUCGCUGCUGCAUGCCAUCGAAACGGUCAUCAUUGGCUGGUCCCACCAGAUCAGGGACGUGCUGAGCAAAAACUCAGCCCAGCCACUGCUGGAAGGGCUGCACCCCCUUCCCCGGGUCGAGUUUGAGUUCUGGGACACCCGGCUGAUGAACCUCAAGUGCAUCCAUGAGCAGCUGAACAGGCCCAAAGUGAACAAAAUAGUUGAGAUCCUGGAAAAAGCCAAAAGCUGCUACUGGCCAGCGCUACAGAACGUGUAUACGAGCGUCACUGAAGGGCUGAAGGAAGCCAGCGAAAUUGUUCUGUAUCUGAAGCCUCUGCAGAUCUUGUUGGAGGAGAUGGAACAGGCCGACUUCACAGUGCUCCCGACCUUCAUCGCCAAGGGGCUCUACACCAUCUGCUUCAUCUGGGCCACCUGCGAGCACUACCGCAUGCCCUCCAGGGUCCUCGUCAUCCUGCAGGAGUUCUGCAACCAGCUCAUCGAGAUGACACGCUCUUUCCUGAGCCCAGAUGAGGUGCUGAAGGGCCUGCAAGGCGAGAUAGAGGAGGUCCUGAACGGCAUCUCCCUGUCCGUGAACGUUCUGAAGGCGCUUUACCGAACCUAUGACUUCUGCUGUGCGAACAUGGAGCUUUUCUUUAAGAAAGACAAGGAGCCGGUGCCUUGGGAAUUCCCUUCUUCCCUUGCAUUUUCCAGAAUGAAUUCCUUCUUCCACCGAGUCCAGACCAUUGAGGAUCUUUAUAAAACAGCUAUUGAGUUUCUGAAGCUAGAGAAAAUUGAGCUCGGGGGAGUGAGGGGCAACAUCUUGGGAAGCCAGAUCGCUCAGAUUUACAGUGAGGUCUUCGAGCUGGUGAAGGUCUUUGCCGACUGCAAAUAUGACCCCCUGGACCCUGGAGAUCCGAGCUUUGAUGACGAUUACACUGACUUUGAGAACAAAAUUCAAGAUCUGGAUAGGAGGCUGGCCACCAUCUUUUGCCAAGGGUUUGAUGACAGCAAUUCGAUCGAGUCCUGUGCAAAGCUCCUGCACAUGUGUGGGGGUCUCCUGGAGCGGCCCCUGAUUCUUGCCGAGGUGGUGCCCAGGUACUCGGUCAUGCUGCAGCUGUUUGAUGCUGAGCUGGACAACACCAAAGUCUUGUAUGAUGCCCAGUCCUCAGCAUUCGCAGGCGGGGCUGUCCCCCCGAUCCACAGAAACAUGCCGUCCGUGGCCGGGCAGCUCAAGUGGAGCCUGGAGCUGCAGGAGAGGCUGGAGGCACCCAUGAGGGACCUGAAGCACAUAGAGCACCCGGUCAUGUCCAGUGUGGAGGCCAAGCUCAUCUACCAGAAGUAUGAUGAGAUGAUGGAGCUGCUGAGACGCUACCGUGAGAAGGUCUACCAGCAGUGGGUGGCAGGGGCAGACCAGGCCUGCCACUUCAACUUGGGGCAGCCCCUGAUCCGGCGGGGCCCCACCAUGAACCUCCUCCGAGUCAACUUCAGCAAAGCGCUGGUGGCAGUUCUCAGAGAAGUCAAGUACUUGAACUUCCAGCAGCAGAAAGACAUUCCAAGCAGUGCCGAGAAUCUGUUCUCCCAGCAUGAGACCUUCCGGAAGUUUGUGGGCAACUUGGAGCUCAUCGUUGGCUGGUACAAUGAGAUAAAGACCAUCAUGAUGGAUGUAGAGUUUCCACUAGUGAAGUCAGAACUGGAAGCAAUUGAUGCCAAAUUAUUGGACGCUGAGACGACGUUGUUCUGGGAUGGCGAAGGUGUUUUUGAAUAUAUUCAAGAGAUGCGAGAAAUUCUACAUAACUUGCAGAACAGGAUGCAGAAAGCAAAGCAAAAUGUAGAUGGGAUUUCCCAGGCCAUGAAGGAGUGGUCAGACAACCCGAUGUUUGAAAGAAAGGACAGCAAGGAAGAGGCCCUGUUAGACCUGCAUGGGAGGGUGAUCGAUCUCCACAGAUGCUACGCCAUGGUCAAGGCCGCCGGCCAGCGGAUCCAAGCCAUGGUCGCAGAAAACGCAGAACUGUUCAGAGCAGAUACGACAAGCUUGUCCUGGAAGGAUUAUAUCGACUACAUUGACAAGAUGGUCUUAGACGAAUUUGACGACUUCAUUCACAAAUCUCUCAGCUACCUAAUGGACAACAUGGUUACAGAUGAGAGCGUCGCCCCUCUGUUUGAAGUACACAUGGAGCUGGAUGAAGACAGGCUGGUCUUCAACCCAUCCCUGGAGGUGGGCGCAGACGGUGGCUUCCUGAUGUCCAUUGAGAGCCUGAUCGAGGACAUCUACGACGCAGCCAAGCUCAUCCCACGACUGGCCAGGGGCCGAAUGAACUACAAGGCCGACCUGGAGGACAUGACCGACCUCACAGAGAUGAGGGAGGAGCUGUGCAGCCGGGUCGUCAGCGCCAUGAAGGAGGCCGAGGAGUACCAGGACUCCUUCGAGACGUACUCCUACCUCUGGACGGAUGACCUGCAGGAAUCCAUGAGGAGCUUCCUGGUCUACGGGCGUGCAGUCACCCCAGAGGCCCUGGACAGCCGGGCCAAGGAGGCCCUCCCCAAGGCGCCGCCCACCCUCACCCAGUUCCAGCAGCAGAUCGACUCCUACGAGAAGCUGUAUGAAGAAGUGUCCAAGUGUGAGGACACCAAGGUGUUCAACGGCUGGCUGCAGUGUGACUGCCGCCCCUUCAAGCAGGCCCUCCUCAAUACCAUCAAGCGCUGGGGCCUCAUGUUCAAGCGACACCUGAGCAGCCACGUCACCAGCAGCCUUGCUGACCUGGAAGCCUUCAUGAAGGUCACCAGGAUGGGCUUAAUGAAGACCCUCAAGGAGGGGGAUUAUGAUGGCCUUGUGGAGGUGAUGGGCCACCUGAUGAAGGUCAAGGAGAGGCAGGUGGUGACCGACAACAUGUUUGUGCCCCUGAAAGAAACCAUUGAGCUGCUUAAGACCUACGGGGAGGAGAUGCCGGAGGAAAUACACGUGAAGCUGCAGGAGCUGCCUGAGCAAUGGACAAAUGUCAAGAAGCUGGCCAUUCAGGUGAAACAGAACGUAGCACCCCUCCAGGCCAACGAGGUCAGCAUCCUCAGGCGGAAGUGCCAGCAGUUCGAGCUCAAGCAGCACGAGUUCAGAGAGAAGUUCAGGCGAGAGGCCCCGUUCACCUUCAGUGACCCUGACCCCUACAAGUCACUCAGUAAGCAACAAAAGAGCAUCGUGGCCAUGGAGAGCGUCAUGGAGGCUCUGGGCAAGUCUGGAAGCCUGUUCGAAGUCACAGUCCCAGAGUACAAGCAGCUCAAAGUUUGUCACAAAGAGGUCUGCCUGCUGAAGGAGCUCUGGGACAUGAUCGUCAUGGUUAACACUAGCAUGGAUGACUGGAAGACCACCAGGUGGAAAGACAUUAAUGUUGAGCAGAUGGACAUAGACUGCAAAAAGUUUGCCAAAGACAUUAGGUCUUUGGACAAGGAGAUGAAAACCUGGAACGCCUUCACGGGGCUGGACAACACCGUGAAGAACAUGAUCACGUCCCUCCGUGCCGUGAGUGAGCUGCAGAACCCCGCCAUCCGGGACCGCCACUGGCAACAGCUCAUGCAGGCCACCCAGGUGAAAUUCGAAAUGUCAGAUGCAACUACGCUGGCGGAUUUGCUCCAGCUGAACCUACACGCAUAUGAGGACGAGGUCCGGAACAUCGUAGAAAAGGCUGUGAAGGAGUCCGGGAUGGAAAAGGUGCUGACAGCCCUGGAGAGUACCUGGUCCGCCAUGGAGUUCCAGCACGAGCCGCACCCGCGCACGGGCACCGUGAUGCUCAGGUCAGACGAGGUGCUGGUGGAGACCCUGGAGGACCACCAGGUGCAGCUGCAGAACCUCCUGAUGUCCAAGUACCUGUCCCACUUCCUGAGGGAGGUGACGAGCUGGCAGCAGAAGCUGUCCACGGCAGACUCGGUCAUCUCCCUCUGGUUCGAGGUCCAGAGGACCUGGAAUCACCUGGAGAGCAUCUUCAUCGGCUCCGAAGACAUCCGCACCCAGCUGCCAGAGGAUGCCAGGCACUUCGACGAGAUCGACCUGGGCUUCAAGGCCUUGAUGGGAGAGGCAGUGAAGACACCCAAUGUGCUAGACGCCACCAACAAACCGGGUCUCUGCGACAAACUGGAAAAUCUGAAGCAGAGGCUGGCUGUGUGCGAAAAGGCCUUGGCAGAGUACUUAGAGACCAAAAGACUGGCUUUCCCAAGGUUCUACUUUGUCUCCUCGGCUGACCUCCUGGACAUUCUCUCCAAUGGAAAUAACCCCAUGGAGGUGAGCCGCCACCUGUCCAAACUCUUCGACAGCCUUUGUCAACUGAAGUUCCGUCUGGACGCUGACGGGAGGCCCAUCAGGCUUGGUCUGGGCAUGUAUGACAAGGGGGACGAGUAUGUGGACUUUGACCAGGAGUGUGACCUCUCAGGGCCGGUGGAGGUCUGGCUGAACCGAGUGCUGGAUCGAAUGUGCGCCACACUCCGACAUGAAAUUCCAGAAGCCAUGGUGACAUACGAGGAAAAGCCGAGGGAGCAGUGGAUCUUUGAUUACCCAGCGCAGGUUGCGCUCACGUGCACUCAGAUCUGGUGGACCACAGAGGUGGGCCUGGCGUUUGCAAGGCUGGAGGAAGGCUAUGAAAACGCUAUCAAAGAUUACAACAAAAAGCAGGUCGGUCAGCUGAACGCACUUAUCACCCUGCUCAUUGGAAACCUCAGCGCUGGCGACAGGAUGAAGAUCAUGACCGUCUGCACCAUCGAUGUACACGCCCGGGACGUGGUGGCCAAAAUGAUCACAGCCAAGGUGGAGAGCUCUCAGGCCUUCACCUGGCAGUCCCAGCUCCGGCAUCGCUGGGACGAGGAGAAGAGGCACUGCUUUGCCAACAUCUGCGAUGCCCAAAUCCAGUAUUCCUACGAGUACCUGGGCAACACGCCACGGCUUGUCAUCACCCCGCUCACUGACAGAUGCUACAUGACCUUGACCCAGUCCCUCCACCUGAUCAUGGGUGGAGCCCCUGCUGGUCCUGCUGGGACGGGCAAGACAGAGACCACCAAGGACCUCGGCAGAGCCCUGGGCACUAUGGUGUACGUCUUCAACUGUUCUGAGCAAAUGGACUACAAGUCCUGUGGAAAUAUCUACAAGGGCCUGGCCCAGACGGGAGCCUGGGGCUGCUUUGACGAAUUUAACAGGAUCUCUGUGGAAGUCCUGUCGGUAAUCGCUGUGCAGGUAAAAUGUGUCCAAGAUGCAAUUCGGGCCAAGAAAAAAACGUUUAAUUUCCUGGGAGAGAUGAUAAGCCUCAACCCCAUGGUCGGCCUCUUCAUCACCAUGAACCCCGGGUACGCUGGACGCACGGAGUUGCCCGAGAACCUGAAGGCCUUGUUCAGGCCCUGUGCUAUGGUCGUCCCUGACUUUGAACUGAUAUGCGAGAUCAUGCUGGUGGCUGAGGGCUUUCUGGACGCCCGCCUUCUGGCCAGGAAGUUCAUCACACUCUACACCUUGUGCAAAGAGCUGCUCUCGAAGCAGGAUCACUACGACUGGGGCUUGCGAGCCAUCAAGUCUGUGCUGGUGGUGGCUGGCUCCCUGAAGAGGGGCGACCCCAGCCGGGCAGAGGACCAGGUGCUGAUGAGGGCGCUGAGGGACUUCAACAUCCCCAAGAUUGUGACCGACGACCUGCCCGUGUUCAUGGGGCUCAUCGGGGACCUCUUCCCGGCUCUGGACGUGCCUCGGAAACGGGACCUGAAUUUUGAAAAGGUCAUCAAGCAGAGCAUCGUGGAGCUCCGGCUGCAGGCGGAAGACAGCUUCGUGCUGAAGGUCGUGCAGCUGGAGGAGCUGCUCCAAGUGCGCCACUCCGUGUUCGUCGUCGGGAACGCGGGCAGCGGGAAGUCCCAGGUCCUCAAGUGUCUCAACAAGACAUAUCAGAGCCUGAAGAGGAAGCCGGUCGCCGUGGACCUGGACCCCAAGGCCGUCACCUGUGAUGAGCUCUUUGGCAUCAUCAACCCUGCAACCAGGGAAUGGAAAGAUGGCCUGUUCUCCACCAUAAUGCGGGACUUGGCCAACAUUCCCCAUGACGGCCCCAAGUGGAUCGUCCUGGAUGGGGACAUAGACCCUAUGUGGAUCGAGUCUCUCAACACCGUCAUGGAUGAUAACAAGGUCCUCACCCUGGCCAGCAAUGAGCGAAUCCCCCUGAACCGCACCAUGAGGCUGGUGUUCGAGAUCAGCCACCUGAGGACAGCCACCCCGGCCACCGUCUCCAGAGCCGGCAUUCUCUACAUCAACCCCGCAGACCUGGGCUGGAACCCGGUGGUGAACAGCUGGAUUGAGAGGCGCAAGGUGCAGUCGGAAAAGGCCAACUUGAUGAUCCUCUUUGACAAGUACCUGCCCACGUGCCUGGAGAAACUGCGCUUUGGCUUUAAGAAGAUCACGCCGGUGCCUGAGAUCACACUCAUCCAGACGACCCUGUACCUGCUCGAGUGCCUGCUCACGGAGAAGAACGUACCACCCGACUCCCCCAAGGAGCUGUACGAGCUCUACUUCGUGUUUGCCUGCCUCUGGGCCUUUGGGGGAGCCAUGUUCCAGGACCAGCUUGUAGAUUAUCGAGUUGAGUUCAGCAAAUGGUGGAUCAGCGAGUUUAAAACGAUCAAGCUCCCCUCACAGGGAACCAUCUUUGACUACUACAUCGAUCCUGACACUAAGAAGUUCCUGCCCUGGACAGACAAAGUGCCCCACUUCGAGCUGGACCCUGACAUUCCACUGCAGGCCUCUCUGGUGCACACCACGGAAACCAUCCGCCUCCGCUACUUCAUGGACUUGCUCAUGGAGAAGGCGUGGCCGGUGAUGCUGGUGGGGAACGCGGGCACUGGCAAGUCAGUGCUGAUGGGUGACAAGCUGGAGAGCCUGAGCGCUGACGGGUACCUGGUGCAGGCCGUGCCCUUCAACUUCUACACGACCUCGGCCGUGCUGCAGGGGAUUCUUGAAAAGCCACUGGAGAAGAAAUCUGGGAGGAGCUUCGGGCCACCAGGCACCAAGAAGCUCAUCUACUUCAUCGACGACAUGAACACCCCUGAGGUGGACAAGUACGGGACGGUGGCCCCCCACACACUCAUCCGGCAGCACAUGGAUCACCGGCACUGGUACGACAGACAGAAGCUGACGUUGAAGGACGUCCACAACUGUCAGUACGUGGCCUGCAUGAAUCCCACCUCUGGAUCCUUCACCAUCGACCCCAGACUGCAGCGCCACUUCUGCGUGUUUGCUGUGAGCUUCCCGGGCCAGGAGGCCCUCACGACCAUCUACAACAGCAUCCUGUCCCAGCACCUGGCCUUCUGCUCCGCCCCCACGGCGCUUCACAGGAUGGGCAGCCAGCUGGUGGCCUUGGCCCUGGCCCUGCAUCAGCGAGUCACAGCAACGUUUCUUCCCACGGCCAUUAAGUUCCAUUAUGUCUUCAACCUCAGGGACCUCUCCAGUAUUUUCCAGGGACUCUUAUUCUCCACAGCAGAGAUCCUGAAAGUGCCACUUGACCUCGUCCGCCUCUGGCUACAUGAAGCCGAAAGAGUGUAUGGAGACAAAAUGGUUGACAAAAAAGAUCAGGACAUACUGCGCAGAGUCACCAUUGCUUCCACCAAGAAAUUCUUUGGUGAUCUUGGUGAUGAGCUCUUAUUCGCCAAACCAAAUAUGUUCUGCCACUUUACUCAAGGGAUUGGUGACCCCAAAUACCUUCCAGUAACAGACACGGCUCAUCUGAACAAGCUCCUGGUGGACGUCCUGGACAGUUACAAUGAAGUCAAUGCAGUCAUGAACCUGGUGCUGUUUGAGGACGCGGUGGCUCACAUCUGCAGGAUCAAUCGCAUCCUGGAGUCCCCCCGGGGGAACGCCCUGCUGGUGGGAGUGGGUGGCAGUGGCAAGCAGAGCCUCUCACGCCUGGCCGCGUACAUCAGCGCGCUGGACGUGUUUCAGAUCACCCUCAAGAAGGGCUACGGGAUCCCAGACCUCAAGCUGGACCUGGGCGCUCAGUACAUAAAGUCGGCGCUGAAGAAUGUGCCCUCGGUAUUCCUGAUGACAGACUCGCAGGUGGCCGAGGAGCAGUUCCUGGUCCUGAUCAAUGACCUGUUGGCCUCAGGGGAGAUCCCAGGGCUGUUUGCGGACGACGAGGUGGAGAACAUCAUGGCUUCCCUGCGGCCACAGGUGAAGUCCCUCGGCAUGCCCGACACACGGGAGGCGUGCUGGAAGUUCUUCAUUGACAAAGUGCGCAGGCAGCUCAAGGUGAUUCUGUGCUUCUCCCCCGUGGGCUCUAUCCUGCGCGUGUGGGCAAGGAAAUUCCCUGCCGUGGUCAACUGCACAGCCAUCGACUGGUUCCAUGAGUGGCCGGAAGACGCCCUGGUGUCCGUCAGCGCGCGCUUCCUCCAGGAAACCGAGGGGAUUCAGCCAGAAGUCAAGGCCUCCAUCAGCCUCUUCAUGUCAUACGUGCACACAACGGUCAACGAGAUGUCCCGGGUGUACCUGGCCACCGAGAGGCGCUACAACUAUACCACCCCCAAAACCUUUCUGGAGCAGAUCAAACUUUACCAGAACCUGCUGACCAAGAAGAGAACGGAGCUGGUCGCCAAAAUUGAGAGGCUGGAAAAUGGCCUGAUGAAACUGAGGAACACAGCUUCUCAGGUGGACGAUUUAAAAGCCAAGUUGGCAAUUCAAGAGACUGAACUCAAGCAGAAAAAUGAGAAUGCGGACAAGCUGAUACAGGUGGUGGGCGUGGAAACAGAGAAAGUCAGCAAAGAGAAAGCCAUCGCUGAUGAGGAAGAGGUCAAGGUGGAGGUCAUCAACAAGAACGUCACUGAGAAGCAAAAGGCUUGUGAAACGGACCUGGCCAAGGCAGAGCCGGCCCUGCUGGCUGCACAGGAAGCUCUGGACACACUGAAUAAGAACAACCUGACAGAGCUAAAGUCCUUUGGGUCCCCUCCAGACGCCGUGGUCAACGUCACAGCCGCAGUCAUGAUCCUGACUGCGCCCAGGGGCAAGAUCCCCAAGGACAAGAGCUGGAAAGCUGCAAAAAUCAUGAUGGGCAAAGUAGACGCCUUCCUGGACUCCUUGAAAAAGUUUGACAAGGAGCACAUCCCAGAGGCCUGCCUGAAGGCGUUUAAGCCCUACCAAGGCAACCCGACAUUUGACCCUGACUUCAUUCGCUCCAAGUCCACGGCUGCCGCAGGCUUGUGCUCCUGGUGCAUCAACAUUGUCCGUUUCUACGAGGUCUACUGUGACGUGGCCCCCAAGAGGCAGGCCUUGGAGGAGGCGAACGCUGAGCUGGCAGAGGCGCAGGAGAAGCUCUCCCAGAUCAAAACCAGGAUCGCCGAACUCAAUGCCAACCUGAGCAACCUGACAUCGGCAUUUGAAACAGCGACAGCUGAGAAAAUCAAGUGCCAACAAGAGGCCGAUGCCACCAACAGGGUGAUCUCUCUGGCUAACAGGCUGGUGGGAGGAUUAGCGUCAGAAAACAUCCGCUGGGCUGAAUCGGUGCAGAACUUCAAAGGCCAGGCGGUCACUCUGUGUGGAGAUGUCCUGCUGAUUUCCGCCUUCGUCUCCUACGUGGGCUACUUUACCAAGAAGUACCGCAAUGAGCUGAUGGAGAAACUCUGGGUCCCAUAUAUAAAUAAAUUAAAGGUUCCCAUCCCCAUCACAAAAGGUCUGGAUCCCUUGAGCCUGCUGACCGACGAUGCAGAUGUGGCCACCUGGAACAACCAGGGCCUCCCCAGCGACCGCAUGUCCACUGAGAAUGCCACCAUCCUAUGCAACACGGAGCGCUGGCCCCUCAUUGUGGACGCCCAGCUGCAGGGCAUCAAGUGGAUCAAAAACAAAUACGGGGGUGCGCUGAAGGCCAUCCGCCCGGGACAGAAGAGCUACCUGGACACCAUUGAGCGGGCCAUUUCAGAAGGGGACAUCUUGCUCAUCGAGAACAUUGGCGAGACCGUGGACCCUGUGCUGGAUCCCCUCCUGGGCAGGAACACAAUUAAGAAGGGAAAAUUCAUCAAGAUCGGCGACAAGGAGGUGGAGUACCACGCUAAGUUCCGCCUGAUCCUGCACACCAAGUACUUCAACCCACACUACAAGCCCGAGAUGCAGGCCCAGUGCACCCUGAUCAACUUCCUGGUCACCAGGGACGGGCUCGAGGACCAACUCCUGGCUGCUGUGGUGGCCAAAGAGCGCCCGGACCUGGAGCAGCUGAAGGCAAACCUCACCAAGUCUCAAAAUGGAUUUAAGAUUGUUCUGAAAGAGCUGGAAGAUUCUCUGCUAGCUCGUCUGUCGGCCGCUUCAGGGGACUUUCUGGGAGACACUGCCUUAGUGGAGAAUCUGGAAACCACCAAGCACACAGCCAGUGAGAUUAAGGAGAAGGUGCAAGAAGCAAGAAUCACAGAAAUCAAAAUCAACGAGGCCAGAGAGAACUACCGGCCCGCUGCAGAGAGGGCAACCCUGCUCUACUUCGUCCUGAGCGACCUCGACAAGAUCAACCCCAUCUACCAGUUCUCGCUCAAGGCCUUCAACGUGGUGUUCGAGAAAGCCAUCCAGAAGACCGCCCCGGCUGAGGAGGUCAGGCAGCGGGUGGUCAACCUGACCGACGAGAUCACCUACUCCGUCUACACGUACACGGCCCGUGGGCUCUUCGAGCGGGACAAACUCAUAUUUCUGGCACAGGUCACCUUUCAGGUAACGUCUGGCCUCACUCCUCAGUGUGGUGCGCUGGUGGGUCCUUGCCGCAAAUGCAGGUUCCUGGGCCCCUGCUCAGACCUGGGGAUGCAGAACCUGCAUUUUAACAAGAUUCCCGGUAAGCUGUGCAUGGUCAGGUGCCUGAGGCCGGACCGCAUGACCUACGCCAUCAAGGACUUCGUGGAGGAGAAGAUGGGCAGCAAGUUCGUGGAGGGCCGAAGCAUGGAGUUUUCCAAGUCCUACGAGGAGAGCAGCCCCUCCACACCUAUCUUCUUCAUCCUUUCCCCGGGGGUUGACCCCCUGAAAGACGUGGAAGCCCUGGGGAAAAAACUGGGAUUUACCAUAGACAACGGGAAACUGCAUAACGUGUCCCUGGGGCAGGGACAAGAGGCAGUGGCUGAGAGUGCGCUCGAUGUGGCCGCGGAGAUGGGGCACUGGGUCAUUCUGCAGAACAUCCACCUUGUGGCCCGGUGGCUGAGCACCCUGGACAAGAAGGUGGAGCAGUACAGCAUCAGCAGCCACCAGGACUACCGCGUGUUCAUCAGCGCCGAGCCUGCCCCCAGCCCCGAGUCCCACAUCAUCCCCCAGGGCAUCCUGGAGAACGCCAUCAAAAUCACCAACGAGCCACCCACAGGCAUGCACGCCAACCUGCACAAGGCCCUGGACCUCUUCACCCAGGACACCCUGGAGAUGUGCUCCAAGGAGAUGGAGUUCAAGUGCAUCCUGUUCGCCCUGUGCUACUUCCACGCUGUGGUGGCUGAGAGGCGCAAGUUCGGGGCCCAGGGCUGGAACAGGUCUUACCCCUUCAACAAUGGGGACCUCACCAUCUCCAUCAACGUGCUCCACAACUACCUGGAGGCCAACACCAAGGUGCCCUGGGACGAUCUCCGCUACCUUUUUGGGGAAAUCAUGUAUGGCGGCCACAUCACAGAUGACUGGGACCGCCGGCUCUGCAGGACGUACCUGGCAGAGUACCUCCAGACAGAGAUGCUGGAGGGGGGGACCCUGCUGGCCCCGGGCUUUCAGAUCCCCCCCAGCCUGGACUACAAGGGCUACCAUGAAUACAUCGACGAGAACCUGCCCCCCGAGAGCCCCUACCUGUACGGCCUGCACCCCAAUGCUGAGAUUGGCUUCUUGACAGUCACGUCGGAGAAGCUGUUUCGCACUGUCCUGGAAAUGCAGCCCAAAGAGUCCGACUCGGGAGCAGGCACAGGAGCGUCCCGCGAGGAGAAGGUGAAAGCGGUGCUGGAUGACAUACUGGAGAGGAUCCCGGAGACAUUCAACAUAGCCGAGAUUAUGGCAAAGGCUGCUGAAAAGACCCCCUAUGUGGUGGUUGCCUUCCAAGAAUGUGAGAGAAUGAACAUCCUAACCCACGAGAUGCGCCGGUCACUCAAGGAGCUGAACCUGGGGCUGAAGGGGGAACUGACCAUCACCGCCGACAUGGAGGACCUGUCCGCAGCUCUGUUCUACGACACCGUGCCCAACACGUGGGUGGCCCGGGCCUACCCCUCCAUGAUGGGCCUGGCGGCCUGGUAUGCCGACCUACUGCUCCGCAUCAGGGAGCUCGAGGCCUGGACAACGGACUUCGCCCUGCCCACCACCGUGUGGCUAGGUGGCUUCUUCAACCCCCAGUCCUUCCUCACUGCCAUCAUGCAGUCCAUGGCCAGGAAGAAUGAGUGGCCGCUGGACAAGAUGUGUCUGUCUGUGGAAGUGACCAAGAAGAAUAGGGAGGAUGUGACUGCUCCCCCCCGAGAGGGCGCCUAUGUAUAUGGGCUCUUCAUGGAAGGAGCUCGCUGGGACACCCAGACCGGAGUCAUCGCAGAAGCAAGGCUGAAGGAGCUGACGCCAGCCAUGCCCGUCAUCUUCAUCAAGGCCAUCCCUGUGGACCGCAUGGAAACCAAGAACAUAUAUGAGUGUCCCGUGUACAAAACACGCAUCCGUGGUCCCACCUACGUCUGGACCUUUAACCUGAAGACCAAAGAGAAGGCGGCCAAGUGGGUGCUGGCGGCCGUGGCGCUGCUCUUACAGGGCUAGCCGGCUGCUUGCGUCCUGCCGUGAGGCUCACGCUCCUUGGGGCCAGAUCCUAACCACAGCUUCACGUUCACAAAAAACUCACCCUUGGAACUAGUACUUCCUUUUACAGGAACUGAUGGUUGUUUCUUGUUCUAAAUGAU